GUAUGGAGGGAGGGAUUAAGCUAAAACAAAACAUCAAGAAUGGCAGAUUUAACUUCAUUAGAUGAAAUCUAUAGUGUUUAGUAAGAAAAGAAAAAGUGAGAAUCCAGUUAAAGAAUAAUUUUAUUAGCAUCCGAUUGAAACAAAAGGAAGAGAGAUUUUUAGUCUUUAGUUUUACUAUAAAGAACAGCGGCAGAUGCAGUGAAUGAGAUGAACAGAGAUCUUUAAUCUCUUCUCUGACCCAAAUACACUGUCACCUUUACCCACUGCCAUCAUCAUCUUCAUCAUCAUCAAGGGCUUCCAAUAAGCCAAGAAAAGUGUUCCUUUUCCCUAUACUAACCUAUAUCUAAGCCCCCCCCUAUAUUUACUUUUCUUUCUCUCUCUGGGUUUUUUCCCGAGAAAAUUCUUGUGGAGAAAAUUUGUUGUUUCUUGUUGUUUUUGGUUAGUGGGUGUUAAAAAGACUGAAAACCCAUUUUCAUAGUUUGGUUACUGAAUUGAAUAGUACUUAUAAGAGACCCAAUUUCCAAAAUCUGUGUUUUUACUUAGAAAAAGAAAAAGAUGACUGAAAGAGAUAGGUUAGGCUUGGAAUAAGAGCUGUAAACUUUUGAUUAUGGUGAUGGAAAUGGAAUCAAUCAAUGGCGGGGCCUUUUGGGAGAGUGAACAGUAUUUGGUUUCAUUGUGGUGGGAAAAGUACAGUCAAGAAGAGCAGAUUAGUAAGCAGAAAGAUUUUGGUGCAAAAUCAAUCGAACAUGCAAGGAAAAUGGGAGAAAAUCAUCACCAAGCUGCUGCAACAUCGUCAAGAUUGAGGAUAAAGCACGUUGGAGGAGAGAUCGUUGAGGUUCAAGGAGGUCACAUUGUUCGAUCAACUGGAAGAAAAGAUCGUCACAGUAAAGUUUGUACUGCUAAAGGUCCUCGAGACCGACGAGUUCGUCUCUCGGCUCACACCGCCAUCCAGUUUUACGACGUACAGGACCGUCUCGGAUACGACCGUCCUAGCAAAGCUGUGGAUUGGCUAAUAAAAAAAGCCAAAUCCGCCAUUGACGAGCUCGCCGAGCUUCCUCCAUGGAACCCAUUGGAUGCAACGAUUUCAACCAAGAAACCCAAUAACCAAGAAGACCUAAACACAUCAACAGCAACAAACAAUGAAUUUCACAUCGAAAACCUUGCUGCUGGGUCUGGUUCUCAAUGCGUUCAGCAGCACGAAAUGGGAGAUAACUUGAAUAAUAAUUCGGGUUUUCUUCCAGCUUCUUUAGUUUCUGAUGAGAUUGCUGAUACUAUGAAGUCUUUUUUUCCAUUGGGAGCUUCUAGUGAGACGCCGCCGUCUUCUUCAUUACAAUUUCAGGAUUACCCGCCGGACUUGUUGUCAAGGACGAGCAGCCAUAGUCAAGAUCUGCGGCUUUCGCUUCAGUCAUUUCCGGAGCCAAUUCUUUUGCAUCACCAUGAACACCAUGCUGCUGCUACAGCUCAGGCGCACCAUAGUGAAUCUGUUCUAUUCUCUGGAACCACCCCAUUAGCCGGUUUCGAUGGGUCUAAUGCUGGAUGGGAGCACCACCAGCAGCAGCAACCGGUGGAGAUUGGGAGGUUUCAGAGAUUGUUUGCUUGGAAUAGCAGUGGUGGUGAUGCUGGUGGUGGCAAUGGCGGUGGAUUUAUCUUUGGCACUCCAUCGCAACAGUCAUUGCCACUGACUUUUGGCCAAAACAGCCAGUUUUUUUCUCAGAGGGGACCCCUUCAGUCCAGUAACACACCCUUGGUUCGUGCUUGGAUAGACCAGCCAAUUGAUGAACACCAUCAUCAUCAUCAAAUCCCACAAAACAUCCAUCAACAAGCUGCUUUAUCUAGCAUGGGAUUCACCACAUCUGGUGUAUACUCCGGUUUUCGCGUUCCGUCACGAAUUCAGGGCCAAGAGGAGGAGCAUGACAGCAUUGCCAAUAAGCUGUCCUCUGCUUCCUCUGAUUCUCACCAUUGAUCCACUAAGAGUGGAGAAAAAAAAGCCAAACUUAACCCCCUCUAUCAGUGAAGUCGAUAACGAGGUGUUAAUGAUGGAUUCAAGAUCAGUUUUGAGGGAAGAUUUCGGUCACAUUGAAUCAAUGGCUUAUACCUUGGGGAAGAAGGAAUCUGUUUCAGGUUAUUCGAUUCCCAGUUUGUUAAGCUUCUAUCAGCUGAUUGUUUGUUGCUUUAAUUUAUAUUUGAUUGAGCUCUUAGAGCUCAACUAUGGUUUCCUUGGACAUAUCAUGUGUUUCGUGUUUUCAAUGUUUGUGUUGUUUGCUACUAUUUGCCAGUGUUACAUUUAAGGUGCAAACCAAGUUUCUUUAAUUUCAGAUUUGUUUUUUCUCCUCAA